GGCGCGCGCCCGUCACGUCACGCGAGAAAGCACAGGAGCCGAGCGAGAAAAAAAAAAACACCAACAAGAAGAAUUACCUUCUUUUAUUACCUGCGGAUCAAACUGCUGUGAUAGUCUGCGGACAUGUCGCUGACGGUCCCGGGGGGAGGCAUGGACUAGUGAAGGCUAUGAAUUCCCGUGAGCAUGGGGAAAUCUCAGAUGAAGCAAUGCUUGAAAAAGAACACAAGCAUGUCCAAGAUUAUAAGGAGGAGACGGAGGACAUUGCUAUUAGUGAACAACCUCAGGUACGUGGAGGAGGAUCUUCUGGAGCUGCUGAGGCUGGGAAACGGUCAUCUGCAGAGAUGGGACCUGACGCAGACCAGUCCACUAGCAGCAAGAGAGUCAGGGUGUCUAGCGAGAUGAGACGGCACUUGAUAGACGAGAGCAGCAGGAUUGAACCUCUUUGCCUCACCACAACCGGAGAGAAGAGAGACUGCAUCCAGGAGAAAUCUAGAGUCUCCUACAGAAAGCCUCUCUUCAGCAUCUCCCACCGGAUCUCGGAGAAGAGGAACACCCCGAGUCUGGAGCAGCAGGCGAGUCUUGGCAGCUUGAAUCAGCUCAACAAUAUGCUCUCAUCCAAGCUCCAAAAUCCGGAGCAAAAUGGCCCAGCAGAGACCAUCCCCUCCACAGACACUUUAGGCCAAGCUUCCACAGCGGACUCCAGCCUUUAUCCACUGAUUGAGAAAAUGUUUUUCAUUCUCAACACUCUGAAUUCAAGCAUGACGCAGCUGCACAGUAAAGUGGACUUGCUGACGCUGGAAGUCAUGAGGAUAAAGAAGCAGAUCAAACCGGCUGAGAUGGUGACAGAGUUCCAGCCUCCCCCCGAGUAUCUGCUAACCAGCGAUGAAUUGAAUCAGCUGAUGGAGCAGACGUCAAGCGCUGGGGAACUGGGCUGUCGACUGCUUGUGCAUCUGUUCCCAGAGCUGUUCAAAGCCAGGGAGUGUUCUCACGACUGCAUGGCGAGCAAAAGAACGCUGGAGUCUCUACAUCUGCAGCUUAUUCGAAACUAUGUCGAGGUGUGCUACCCCACGGUAAAAAACAACAACGUGUGGCAGGAAGAGUGCCUGCUCCAGAUUAAUGACUUUUUUAAUCGCUUCUGGGCGCAGAGGGACAUGGAAAGCGCCCGGCUGCUCAGGAAGCAGGCGGUCACAGGUGGUGGCGUAAAAGCGGAGCAGCCUCAAACCUUUCGUUUCAUUAAUGAACAGGGUCAGGAGGAGCACAUAUCUCUAGAUCACCAACAGGGCAGCCUGGCUGGUUCAGAUGUCGGGUUUGGUACACAAGCCACAGAGGAGUUGGAUGAGUUCUCCUCCCCAGAAGAUUUUGUUGUUUUCCUAAUUCACCGUCUCUUCCCUGAAGUUUUUGAAGAGGGGAAAAUACCAGAAGACUGCGGCAAUUUUAGUAGUGUAGGACAGCUAAUUCUGGACUCUGACAAGAUGGACAUAAUUAGAAAGUAUAUGGAAGCGAAUUUCCCUGAUGUGCCUGAGGACAGCUGGCUGCAGGUGUGCAUUCAGCAUAUGGAAGACGCACUCGAGGGUCCUCACAGUAACGGCAACGGGAGUGAACCGGACAACAUCAAUGAGGAGGGCUACGAACUGGCCAGUCUUCCUGAAGAUGUUUCAAUUAUCAAGGUUCCAGAAGUGAGUGAAUAUGAAAGACCCAGUCGCAAGUCUAAAAAGUCGCUGCUCACGCCUGUAGAUUUUGACAAUCUGGAGAUUCCUCUGCCUGACUUUACUGUUCCCCAGGAAUACAUCCUGUCCAGGGAACAGCUCAAGAGCAACUAUGAAUGUAGCUUGUCCGUUGGGAACUUUGCCUCUCGGUUGCUGGUGCUCAUGUUCCCUGAGCUCUUUACCUACGAGAAUGCUAGAAAGCAGUACAACUGCAGCGGUUCUCUUGGGAAAAAGCAACUCGACCCCAUUCGCGUAAACCUGAUCCGUCAUUACGUGCAGUUGGUCUACCCCCGGGCCAAGAACGACAGAGUGUGGAUGUUGGAAUUUGUUGGCAAACUUGACGAGCGGUGCAGGAGACGUGACACAGAGCAGAGGAGAUCCUACUUGCAGCAGCGCAAAGUGUACGGUCAGGAGACAGAGCAGGACUUUCUCUGCCAGCUGAACCAGCUACAUCCUGAUAACGGCAGACAGGAUCCAGAUAUUCCCUCUUUACCUCCUGAGAAAAGUAGCAAAGACUUCUGCAAAAUACCCCUUGAUGAGCUGACUGUGUCCAAACCAGACUUCCCUGUUCCCUCCAUCUACCUGCUCUCCGAUACCGAGGUACGGGAAAUUGUCCAGCAGAGUCUCUCUGUUGGGAACUUUGCCGCCCGCUUGCUGGUGCGCCUCUUCCCCGAGCUCUUCACCCACGAGAACCUGCGGCUGCAGUACAACCAUUCAGGCGCCUGCAAUAAGAAGCAGCUCGACCCUGUUCGACUGAGACUGAUCCGUCACUAUGUGGAAGCCGUGUAUCCUGUGGAUAAGAUGGAGGAGGUGUGGCACUACGAAUGUGUGCCAAGCAUCGACGAACGCUGCCGGCGCCCCAAUCGCAAGAAGUGUGACAUUCUUAAAAAGGCCAAGAGGUCAAGCACUGUGUCCUAGUUACAGUACUCUGCAGUUACCCAACACUUUCUGUCAUAAAAACAGUUGCACAGUAUAUAAGCUGAAAUCGCAUUGUUGAACUUCUACACACUGUCCUCUGUAGGAAGAAGCCAAGCUGUUGCGAGUUUCUUUAGUAGUAUUCUUACUCAUAUUUUACCUUUUUGGCUACAGCAGUAGAUGUUCUAGUUUAUGUAGUCUUUAUUAUUGUUCGAUAAAAAAGUUACAACCGCUCCUAUUUAUAAGCCAAACAUGUCAUAGCUUCUCUAACAUACUCUGUUGAUAAAUGUUGUAGCCUUAUAACAAUAAUAAUGAUAGUAGCUAACAGCAUAGAUCACACAUUUGCUCUAUGAACAGAAAUCAAAUCACAAGGACGUGAUAUAUUUCCAUCGCAGUUACUGAUGUAGCAUCGUGCCACCACUGUUUUAAUAACUAUGUGCUUAUGUUAAGCCUUCUUAUAGAAGUUUAUAUUAUAAAGAUAAUUUAACAUGACAAUGGCUCAUGAUAACCAGUUUCUAAUAAAACCACAGUUAUAAAUGUGA